AGUUCAGAGGCGUCAACGUGGGGAGGAAGAAAGGCGCUGCGUUCGGAAUGAAGCAAUGUGAGACGAGGAAUGAAGCGGCAGGGAUGGCGGACCAGACGCUAACGGUACUCCUCAAACUCUCAGCUGCGGGCUUUUACGGAAUCAGCUCGUUCCUCAUAGUUGUAGUCAACAAGAGCGUCUUGACUAAUUACAGGUUUCCUUCGUCAAUAUGCGUUGGCAUUGGUCAGAUGCUGGCAACAGUAGUUGUGUUACGGGUAGGAAAGGCCCUCCGGGUGAUCACCUUCCCCGAGUUUGAUGGUAGCAUACCUAGAAAGACAUUUCCGCUACCUCUUCUUUAUGUUGGAAAUCAAAUAACAGGGCUCUUUGGAACUAAAAGACUCAACCUGCCAAUGUUUACAGUAUUAAGGAGGUUUUCAAUUCUCUUUACAAUGCUGGCAGAGGGUUUCUUGUUAAAGAAGAAGUUCUCUCGGCCAGUUCAGCUGACAGUAUUUACUAUGAUUCUUGGGGCCUUUGUAGCUGCAAGUGCUGAUUUGGCUUUUGACCUGCAAGGGUACGUGUUCAUUUUAAUGAACGAUGUCUUAACUGCUGCCAAUGGAGCUUUUGUGAAGCAGAAACUUGACUCUAAGGAGCUUGGGAAGUAUGGCCUGCUCUAUUACAACGCUUUAUUUAUGAUACUUCCAACUCUGCUUUUAGCACACGUCACAGGAGAUAUGGAUAAGGCAUUUGAUUAUGACGGCUGGUCAGAUGUUUUGUUUAUAGGUCAAUUCUUUCUCUCUUGUAUAAUGGGGUUUAUUUUAAUGUACUCCACUGUACUUUGCACACAGUAUAAUUCUGCGCUAACUACUACCAUCGUCGGUUGCCUAAAAAAUAUAUUAGUGACAUAUAUUGGAAUGGUGUUUGGAGGGGAUUACAUUUUCUCAUGGACUAAUUUCAUUGGUCUAAACAUCAGUAUUGCUGGCAGUCUGGUGUAUUCCUACAUUACCUUCACCGAGGAGCAGACCACCAAACAGAGCGAGAACACCAACAAACUAGAGGUCAAAGGAAAAGUGGCUGUAUGACCAAUGGAUGGAUGCUCCAUUGCGAUGCACAAGACUGUAUCUGUGAGUUUUUGUAUUUCUUGCAAGAGCAAGCAAGCAGAAGUCCCUCCCUGAAUUGUUUUUUAUUUUCAAUUUUAAUGACAUGAAGACGAUAUUGACUGUAAAAACUAUAGCAGGUACAAGCAGGACGUUGACCAAGCUUCAAACAUACUGGAAUGUGCUUUUCCAGUGCAAAUAUUGACCUAUUUCUCACUACUCUGAAGAAACUGUGUCUGCGUUACAAAUGAAGAGUGUGUGUCCCGUAAUGAACUGCUUUCACUGGAUUGUUGGACACAAAUUGGGAAUAUUGACUGUCUUUAUGUUGAAACACCUGUUGUGUUGCCUAUUGAAGAGUACUUUUAUAGUUGUCCUUUUUUAGUUAGUAAAGUUAUUUAUUUUUAUGAAAGUUCAUAUUAUUGCUAGGAAUGUAAAUUAGGUUUUAUUUACUGGUAAUGUUUUAUUAUCCUGUCUACAGAAAGGGAGUUAACAUUGUUUAAAUGGUUAAUCGUGGCAGUUCUGUUACACAACUUGAGUUCUACAUGAUUGUUCCUUUAGAUGAUGAUUUGAAGAGUGUAUGAGUGUGUAAAAUAAGGUACGCAUGUGAAACUUGAGUAUUUUUAAUCACAAGCUUUAAAGAAGAACAAUAUUUUAAGCAUUCUCAGUGUUGCAGUGUUCAACUGAAGAAAUUUGUAUAAAUGCUUUUAUACUUUUUUUGUAUUCGAGAACAGAAUGCAGUAACUUUGUUUUGUACUGAUGGAAUCAUUGUUUAUUUUAAAGGAAAAUGGUGUAGUAAUUGCACUUUAACAGAUUUUUUUUCUCAGUUUUCAGUGAUUUCUAAGUAGAACAUUUCAGUAUUUUGAUAAAUGUUAAACUAAUUUAAUGUGACAUUGGUUUUUUUGACCAAUAUUCUUUGCGCAGUGUUGCUUGUGCUAGACAUCUGGAAAACCUGACACAUUUGGCUGUUACGGAAUGUCUUGUCGUUCGUGUUGCCACUUCUCUUGAACACAGUAUUUGUACAUUUGCUUAGAGAUUCAGAUUUUAUGGAUGUGCUAUAUUUUUCUGCACUGCUAUGUUCAAAGACAUACUGUUGCUUCAGAUGGGUUUUAUAUGUUCAGCUUCGACUUUUCAUGUUUUUAUUCAGUUUAGUUAAAGAAACAUUUCUUUGUCAAAAUUGUUCACAUUCUCAGUGACUGUAUCAGCAAGAAAUGGGAAGUGUAUAACAUAUAAAAUACCUCAGCACAAAGAAUCUGCAUUCCAUUUCAUUUUCUGAUGUUAACCAAAAUAUAAUGCUUUGUUUUGUUUAUUUUUUUAUUCUUCUUCGCAUAGUUUUGUUUUCUCUGGAACUGUAUUGUGUAGUACUUUCCCUACAGUUGUUUGAAUAACAUAAAAUCACAUGGAUUGUCUAACAAAUUUGAUUGGAACAAUUGAUUUGAGCAGCAACAAAAACAAGUUAUAUUUCACAUUAUAAAUUUGGAUAUGCUAUCAAACUGCUCUAUAUUUGCCUGACCCCACCCCCUUCAUUUUUGAAGGACAUCUAUACAUCGUUCCAACAAAAGACAGUUUCAGUCAACGUCAUUCUCGCUAGGGGAAAUGUCAAAUUAACUGUACAGGUCGUUCACAUAUCAUAUGAGAAGCACACACAAAGCAGAUGCUUUAUACACAGAAAUACUUGUGUAUAAAUGUUCAUUGC